AAAGACAGAGACUGAGAGACAGAAAGAUGGAGACCGAGAGACAGAAAGACAGAGACCGAAGACAGAAAGACAGAGACAGAAGACAGAGACCGAGAGACAAAAGACAGAGACUGAGAGACAGAAGACAGAGACUGAGAGACAGAAGACUGAAAGACAGAGACCGAGAGACAGAAGACUGAAAGACAGAGACCGAGAGACAGAAGACUGA